UAUGGGCUCACCUGAUAACCCUUAUAGAUGAAGGCCGCAUUAGUGUUCAUCCUUGCUCUCUUCGUAUUGGGAGCAUACGCUCAGGAAACUCAAGUCGAAGACCUUGUUGAGAAAGUAGCCCCAAAGAAAGCUCCAGCAACUCCAGGAAAUAUCUUCAUGUUGAUCCUCUGUCUAUCUGCUACUGCUUAUGGGCUCAAUUAUUUGAACACCAAGCAUAGAAGAUACUGCGAGAAAGUCAUCAUGGAUGAAGAUUUUGGUAAGGUGCCAAUGUACAAAAUCAACCCACAAGAGAUUAUUGAUACUUCUUGCAAAACGGAACUCUAUUGCGAAGAUAAGCAAAGCGGUCUUCUUGACAUCCUCAACAAAGUCAAGGAGGAGCCAGAAGUUUAUGAAAUGGCUUACUACGAGAGCACCAGUAAGAAGUUAGAAUCAAACCCAGAAUCUUCCUUCAUGCUCAAUGCUAGUGUCAGAACCGCUGAUGAUCUAGAGCUCCACGGUUUCGAUAAAGCUCAGAAUGAGUAUGAAGUGCCUACUCCUAAGUUCCCCAAGUGGGGAGCUUUGGGAAGAAUAUUCCAAAACGAAAGAGAGUCUUUGCUCUAAAUUACUCUCUUGAGCUUAUCACUUCUAUCACACAUUCAUUGGUUCAACCUUAACCAA